CACUGGAUCACUGGAGCUCUCACUGCAUUGCUCAGGUCAGAAACACAGAGCGCGCGGCAAGAGAGGGAAACUUGCCAAGAAGACAACAGGAAGCCAAGGAGGAGGAGUUCAAGAGGGGAGCCGAACACAAUGGCUCUGCUCCCUCUCGUCCUAUCCCUCCUCCUCGUCUCCAGCGCCGCGCAGUCGCCGGCCUCGUCGCCGUCGGCGUCGAACGCUCCUCCUGUCAGCGCCUCAUCGCCGCAGGCCUCUGUCGCGCCACCUACAACGGCAGCCUCAGCACCGCAGAUCUCUGCAGCGGCGCCAACAACAGUAGCUGCCUCGGCGCCGCAGGCCUCUGCCGCGGCGCCAACCACAGCGGCCGCGGCGCCGCAGGUCUCUGCCGCGGCGCCAACAACAGCAGCCUCGGCGCCGCAGGCCUCUGCCGCACCGCCGACCACCGCUGCCUCGCCGUCGAAGGUCUCUGCCGCGCCGCCGACCACCGCUGCCUCGCCGUCAAAGGCCUCUGCCGCACCGCCUACCACUGCCAGCUCGCCAUCACAGGCCUCUGCCGCACCGCCUACCACCGCUGCCUCUCCGCAGCUGGCUGCCACGUCACCUCCGGUUGCUUCUCCACCUCUAGCUGCCACGUCUCCCGUCUCCGCGCCAACUACUGCAGUGACCGCUCCUCCUCCAGCCACGCAACCUCCGGUUGCCGCUCUAGCCCCGGCGACGCCGGCUCCAGUGGCCUCCCCACCCUUCGCCAUGGCACCGGCGGCGCUUCCUCCGGCCACCCUACCGCCGGCAUUGGCUCCGACGCCACUUCUCGCUGCCCCGGUAGCGCCGCCCACCGCCCCACCGGCCACGGCUCCCGCGCCAGCGCCCGUGUCCCCGGCCCCGAGCGUCGCGCCGACUCCGUCUCCCACAAUGGCGCCGGAGCUGUCGCCGACCAUUGCACCUUCGCUGGCGCCGUUCAGUUCGGUGUCGAUGAGCCCUUCGCUGGCGCCAGGACCCGCGCUCGCUCAGGAGGAUGAGUCGGCGGCGCCGAGCGCGCGCACCGGCGUCGCCGCUCUGGUCGCGUUGGCGGCUGCAGGGAUCGGGUUCUUGUUUUAAGUAGAGCUUCGUUUACCAUUACGUACGUUCACACUGUUUGUCUCACGAUCGUGUUUUCCUGUUGGUGUUUUAUGGUUGCAUGUAUGAUUCUUGCUGUACAACACAUUGAUAAUUUGUUUCUGGAUGAUGGACCGCC